AUGGACGUCGAUUCGGAAUCGUCGUCGCCGUCCUCAAGACUUUCGGUAGUUUGUUCGGCUUCAGCAGAAUAUUCGUCGAACUCAUCUGAAGGAUCAUCUCCGAAUUCACGGAGAAAUUCGAUAAAUGAAAGUGUUAUCAAAAAUGAGCAUUAUUGGGAGAGGCGAAAAAGGAAUAAUGAUGCAUCAAGAAGAAGUCGAGAAAAAAGAAGAUUGAAUGAUUUGGUGAGUUAAAUGGUUACUGUAGGUAGUAAGAUCAGAAAAAAAUAUUGCUCGAUUUGAAGCUUAUUGACAAAAACUCGAAAAAAUGAUAAAAAUUUCAAUUCAAAUACUCUUGAUUAAAAGUUUUGGAAAAUUAUAGUCUUGAAUUUUUCAGUUAAUUUUUUUUAUUUUCAAAAAAAUCUGGUUGUGUUUUCCCGCUUUUCGGAACAGAACUUUGAAAAUUUUAACUAAACCAUUUUUAACACAAGAUAUCAUCGAAUCUUCAGAUUUUUCUCAAAAAAUUUCUAAGAAAAUUCAGUUUUGGUAUUCCUAUUUUUGGAUUUAAAAAAAUCUCUAGUUUCAGAUUGUAAAUUUUUUCUGAGAAUCAUUGGAUUAAAAAAAUGAAUCAUGCAAUGUGGCUUCAAAUUUUUUGUUUCAAAAAUUUCAAUACGAAUAUUUUGGAAACUUUCUAAAAUUGUCAAAUUUUGAAAAUUUGCAAACCUUCAAAAUCAAGAGUUGUUUUAAGAUUAUUGCAUGCUACAGUAUAUUUAGUUCUACCUAAUACAUCCUCUCUUUUUCCCAAGAUUUCGAAAACACUAAUCCGCUAAUUCGAUUCCCUUUUUCAUUUCGCGGUGACCUUUUAUAUUAUAGUGUUGCAAAUUGGAAUUAGCCUAACAUCAUCAUAGAAAACAAUUAAAAUGUCAUCCAAACAAAAUCGUCAUAUUUUUAUAGGCAAUGGAAGAAAAAAUUCUUCUUUUAUCUGCUGAAAACGAACGACUCAAAACACAGCUCGAAACACGGGAAACUGAGAAAAUCAAACCAGCUUUGAAUUUAUUGAUUGGCGGAGAACAAGCUGCACAAUUUGUGCCAAAUCCAAUACUUCAAGCUAGUUCAAUGUUAUCACUUCCAUUAUUACAAACAGCAAAUCCAACAGCUUCUAGUUUUCCAAUUCUUCAACUAUCUAACACGGUGAGUUGAAAUGCGAUUAGGAAAUGAGAUUGACUAGUCAGCACUUUGUCUUCUUUCCGGAUAAAGAGCAUAUGUGUCAUUGACCUAUAUAAACAUAUGCCAUUUUCAUAUUUUUUAUGCAUUUUAGUUUCCAUUUCAAUCUACAUCCUCAUCUUCCUCAUCUGUUCCUCUUCCACCAAUCCCGUCAUCUUCUUCUACUCCUUCAUUACCUUCAUCAUCUGCCUUAUUUACAUCAUCAACGUCUGCAUUUCAUCCAUUUCGACCCGUUGAACCAUCUAGUGUUAUUAUGAGAAUUGAAAGGCAAAGUCCAGAUUCGACUUGUGAAGUUCGAGAAAGGCAGCCACAACAACAAGCUGGAAGUAAUGUUAUACAUCGAGGUAAGAAUCAAUAGGCAUUUUUCUAACAAAGUUUUUUGAUUUUUCUGGUCGGGGUUUUAAAGAAAUCUGAACUUUCAUAAUUCAUAGCCUACCUAACAAAAUUAUGAAAAUUUUAUCUUAGGGACCAAAACCGAAAGUUCUAUAAAAAUAAUUUUGAUAUUUGAUUUUGAAAGUUUCAAAUGUCAAAGUCAGAUAAUAGCUACACUAAAUUCGAUCAAUUUUCGAAAAAUUACAAAAAUUGCUUUAAAAUCGGAUAUAUUGAAUGUAUGCUUUUAAGUUUCGGUUCAGAAUCUUCUAUAACCCAUCUUUUUAUAAUUUUCAGUUGGUUCGCCUGCAAUUCAACCACCAAACCCAUAUCAACAAGUCCUUCCAAAUAUUUAUCAACAACAACCUCCUCAACAACAAAAUCAACAACAAGGCGGCUCCCUUUUAUCAGCUCUUUUGGCUCAACGUCGACCGUCUCCAACAGUUCCACAAAGUCGAACUGAACAUAUCUCAGGAUUGAAUUCACCUCCAACAAUAAAUCAUCAUUCUCAUAAUAAUGGAAGUAGUGCGGGAAGUAAAUCAGAUUGUGAGAGUAUCUCAUCAUCUGCCUCAUUAUCACCUUCACAUUCUUCCGAAGAUCAUUCGAAUAAAUCAGUGAGUUUUUUUUUCAUACGAAAAAAAACGGGAAUGUUAUUCAUACAAUUUUAUUAUGCUGGAAAUACAUAUGGCCCCCAGUAGAAAAACCAUAUUUUCUGUGACCCAUUUUUGAAAUACAUAAAUCCAGUUUACAACCCUUUUACUGAAGUCCUUCCAGUUUCUACUCUUCCAUCUUUUUUCAAUAACCCUAAUUCAAUGUUUUUUAGCCGCAAUACGUUGAUCGUCGAAAACGAAACAAUGAAGCUGCAAAAAGGUGUCGAGCAAAUCGCCGUGCAGUUUUCGAAUAUCGAUCUCGACGAGUUCAACUUCUCGAAGGAGAAAACGAUGAUCUUCGAAGACAAAUUGAUUCCCUUCGCGUUGAAAUUACUCAUUUCAAAGGGAUUUUAGCGCAAAGAGCAACAAGCAGUAAUGGAUAG